ACCGCUCAGAUUUUCGUCUUAUUUCUAUCUACGACCAUAUAUGCUUUCGAUCAUGAGAUAUAGCUAUGCGGUCCGCUGCGUGGAGUGCUUCCUGAACUUCUGCUGAGCAUACACGGACAUGUGCUCAAAGGGAGGAGGUUCCCAUGCUUCAUAGCAAACGACCACCAUGACGCGCACUUUCUCUAUCAUCUUGUUGUGUCUUUAUGUUUCUCUUCUCUCAAAUGCUGAUUUUCUGCCUUCCAAUGAAAGACCUGUUGAGCUUCUCCUCAAGCGACGUAUCGAAGGGGGAACGUGUUCAGUCCUUGCCUUAAGGCACACUCAGGUCUACCGAGGUCUUACGGGGGAAUCCAGUCGUGUUUCCAAACUUCCUGCCGUUUUUGGAGACCAGGUACUAAGCAUUAUAGCUUCCGACAGGGAGAAUAUCUGGUCACAAGCGUACAUGCUAUGUGAAGGCUUCGUCGACCCGGACAUACCUAUUAAUGUGGACGAUUUGUCGGCUCAUUUUAUUGAGACGUCUGCACAAAAUAUUCUCGCUACUCCUUCUAAGUCAGACCAAGCUCUGCCCUCUCCGACACCCAAACUCGACAUAGAGCCGCUUCUGCAGUCCGGCUCCGAAAGCAAUCGUGUGGACCUGGUUUUCUUCUCUGACGGCUAUACCAUCGAGGAGAAGGCAAAAUUCAUAAAUGAUGCAAAACGGCUUGCUGACGACAUUUCCAAUAAUCAAACGUUCAACACUGUCAAACCGUUGCUCAAUUUUUGGGCUGCUUUCACGCCUAGUAACCAGAGUGGGAUCGGGGUGGGUGGCAAGCCCAAGAACACGACAUACGGCCUCUACCGUGAUGGAACCGAGCUUCGUGGUGUUUACUACAGCAAACCUGAGGUGGCACGAGCUGCAUGUUUGUCUAUGGGUGAUCAGUGCGAUUAUCCAAUUUUGAUGGGGAAUGACCCCCUGUACGGAGGGCUUGGAGGAGAAUUCACUGUCAUUACGCCUUCCCUAGCCAACGGCGCUUUGGUAUUAAGACACGAAUUAGGUCAUUCCAUCAUCAAUGUAGGCGAGGAGUACGACGGUGGUUUCGCCUACUACGGUGUAAAUGCCGCUCAUGACCCGUCUGAACCCGUUCCAUGGGCUCAUUGGCUCAGUAACCCCGACACACACUCGUCCCAUUCGCACGAAGACGUUCGCGUUGAACGUUCGAUCAUGCCAAUGCAAGCAUACCCUUGGACCAUGCUCAAUACUAGUGCUGCCUGGAGUAUCAAGUUCAAUUCCUCAGGCCAAUACGCCAGACACCUCGUUCGAUUCUCGCUUUCAGGAUUGCCAAACGCUUCUGAUCUCAUUGUCACCAUCGACGGAAAGAAUCUUGGAUGGACGCCUAGGCAGGACAUUGGCGUGGAUCGCUGGCAUUAUGACGUACACAGGAACAUCACUCUAAAUGAUGGCGAACACGAAGUGAAAUUCGAGUUGAAGAAUCAAGACAGGGAAGGCACAGCGCAGCUCUGUAGCACUGAAGUGCUUGAGUUUGGUACCGAUGACGAGUUUGUUGCAACUCCCGGAUAUUAUGGCAUAUUCCCAACCUUUUCGGAAACAAACACUACGACAUAUCGUCCGACGAACGAGGAUUGUUUGAUGCGCAUUGUCACCACUCCCAACUUAUGCAAAGCCUGCCUCGAAGGUCUCUGGCUUUCACUCCUCCGUAGAGUCGACUUCAUCGAUGACGUCGUUUCCGGCUGUGAAAUCAUUCCAGGCUACCCUACAUCAUGGAAACGUACCCUUGACCUCAGACUUGUCCCUCUCGCUCAAUUCCGUAAUCCGGGCGAAUCAUUUCUGGCGGAGAAGCUACACGAAAGCUAUUCAAUUGUUUGGUUCAAGAAUGGCGCCAUCCUUGAUGAUUUCAAGGAUAAGACACAUGUUGAAAUAGAUGAUGCGGACGGUAAUGGUGUUGGGGUAUAUACCGUGGAGGUGACGUUCAAGACGGAUGAAGUUCGUGUGGAUCCUGAUGGGUUGUUAUCGACCGGUGGGGAUUACAAUGUCGUGGACAGAUGCUAUAAACAUGACUCUGUUGACAGGCUUCCCAGGAAGGUAUCCCUUUGUCACCUUUGUCCUUGGCAAUUGAGGAGCUGUGUAUCUUCUACUCUCUGCUACUCAUUCCUAAUGGGUGCGGACGAACGUUUUCGUUUUUGUCACUCACUCUGAUAUGCAGAAUAUGUGCUCCUCGGCAAAGCUUUGUAUGUCAAGUUUUGUAUCCUGAAAUUAAUUGUAUCGUAAAAUUAAAUGACAAGCCGAGGCGCAUUAGAUGCGGUGUAUA